GAAUUGGAAUUUGCUCUUAUAAAGAUUUCGUGAGAUAGCAGAGAGUGAAAGCUUUGCAGGAUUGAAGGAUAAUACUAGUAUCUUAUUGAUCUUUGAGUUAUGUGAAGAAGAAUCGGUAAAGGUGACAUGGAAUCUUGCAAUUGUGUUGAACCAUUACAAUUAGGUGAUGAAAUGUUCAUGAAAUACCAAUAUAUCUCAAACUUCUUCAUCGCCAUUGCUUAUUUUUCGAUCCCUUUGGAACUUAUAUACUUCGUUAAGAAAUCAAUAAUAUUUCCAUAUAAAUGGGUCCUUAUCCAAUUUGGUGCUUUCAUAAUUUGUUGUGGGGCAACACACUUAAUCAAUUUAUGGACUUGUAGAACACAUUCCAAAACUUUGGCAAUGAUAAUGACUGCAACUAAGAUUUUAACUAGUGUGGUAUCUUGUGCAACUGCCCUUAUGCUUGUACACAUUAUUCCGGAUUUAUUGUCUGCUAAGACAAUAGAAUUAACUUUGAAGAAAAUGGUGAAGGAGCUUGACACAGAAAUGAGUGUAAUUCGUACACAAGAAGAAAUUGGUCGACAUGUUAGCAUGCUAGCUAACGAGAUUAGAAGCACUCUUGAUAGACACACAAUAUUGAAAACAACCCUUGUUGAAUUGAGUAGAACUUUGGCACUAGAGGAAUGUGCUAUAUGGAUGCCAACUCACACAGGUUUAGAGUUGCAACUCUCUUAUACAUUGCCACCACAAAGUCCAAUCGGAUAUACCGUACCCAUUCACCUUCCUGAGUUUAAACAAAUAUUUGGUAGCAAUAAAGCAAUAAAAAUUUCACCAAAAUGUCCUGUGGUUACAUUACUGCCUCAUGUUAAACAGUACAUGCCUGGAGAGGUGAUUGCUAUUAGUGUACCCCUUCUUCAUCUCUCUAAUUUUCAAAAACACCAUUGGUCAGAUAUUUCAACCAAGAGUUAUGCUUUGAUGGUUUUAAUGUUACCAUCAAAUAGUGCUAGACAAUGGCAUGCACAUGAGUUAGACCUAAUUGAGGUAGUCACUGAUCAGAUGGCGGUUGCUCUUUCACAUGCUACAAUUUUAGAAGUGUCAACAACGGCUAGAGAAAUACUCAUUGAGCAAAAUGCCGCACUUGAAUUGGCAAGAGAAGAAGUAGAAACUACAAAUCGUGACUAUAAAGAUCUUUGGACAACUAUUAAUCACGAGAUUAGAACUCCUUUACAUGCAAUUAUUACACUUUCUUCAUUAUUACUAGAAACAAAACUUACAGUUGAACAACGUUUAAUGAUAGAGAUGAUAUUGAAAAAAAGUAAUUUGUUGAUUACUCUCAUUAAUGAUAGUUUUGAUCUUUCACGACUUGAAGAGGGUAGUCUUCAACUUGAAACAACAACAUUUAACCUUCAUUUUGUGUUCAAAGAGAUCUAUAACUUGAUAAAGCAUGUUGCAUUUGUCAAAAAAUUGUCUCUUACUUUAAAUCUAGCUUCCAAUUUACCAACAUAUGUCAUUGGGGAUGAGAAAUGUCUCAUGCAAACUAUUUUAAAUAUUGUUGGCAAUGCUGUGAAGUUUUCAAUUGAGGGUGAAAUUUGUAUCCUUGCAUUUGUUGCAAACCUCGAGUCAUUCAUGGAUGAUAGGAUUGAAAAUUUUCAUCCAAAGAUUAGUGAUAAACACUUUUACUUACAAGUUCAGGUGAAAGAUUCAGGGUUGGGAAUUAAUUCACAAAAUAUUCCAAGGUUAUUCUGUAACUUUGCACAAAGUCAAUCAUUAGUAACAGGAAGUUCUAAUAAAAGUGUACUUGGCCUUACAAUUUGUAAGAGGUUUGUAAAUUUGAUGGGAGGGCAUAUUUGGAUUGAAAGUGAAGGUAUUAAUAAAGGAAGUAUUGUUACUUUCAUUGUAAAGCUUGGAAUCGCAAAUUGAACAAAUGAAUUUGAAAUACCAUUGUGACUUGAAGAGGUUCCUAGCAAUUUUGGAUCAAAAACCUUUUGCAAGG